GUUUCAGUUCAUCUCAAGACGAUCCGCCGUUCGGAGGUUGACUCCUCGUACAUAAACUUAGUUCCGGUACGGUGGUUUGAUUAAAUUAAAUUGAUUCCGCUAAACAUGACCGGAAGUGCCAAACCACAGAAUGGAGACAAAUUGGAAGGGCCGCCGAAAAAGAUCACUCUAGAACGUUCGGUGUCCGGCUACAGCGAAAAAGACGUUCAGUGCGGUUUUUGGGUUUGUAGAGGCAGGUUCUGGCAACGGUUGGCCAGCAAAAAGCUCUAUGUGUUCCUGUUUGGAUUGGUCGGUUGUCUUUUCGGAUCAACGACUUCGUAUUUCUAUGGGACGUUGACAACGGUGGAGAAAAGUAUUCAAAUCUCGUCCAAAAAUGCUGGAAUCAUUACGGCAGGAUCGGAUCUUUCCUUCGUCCUAGCAUCGCUAUUUUUGUCCUACUAUGCGUCCAACAAACGAAAACCGCUAUGGAUUGCAUUAGGAAUCACCAGCAUGGGACUAUCUUGCUUUGUCAAUGCGCUUCCGCAUUUUCUAUUCGGGCCCAAUCUGGAAGAUCUUAUGCAAGACGUUGGAAAUGCAACGGUAUCAGAUUCAAAGAAGCUCGACAGUCUGUGCAAUCCAAAUCGUGGUCCACCGGAUUGUUCCACGGACAUUGGAAACCUAAAACCUCAGCUACUGCUGUUCUUGGCUAGCUUUCUCUCAGGAAUCGGAACCUCACUGUACUUUACCUUGGGCAUAACAUACAUGGAUGACAACGUGAGCAAAGCUAAAGUGCCUCUUCUGACCAGUUUUGCUGCCUUUGGCCGACGACUUGGUCCAAUGUUGGGUUUCUCGAUGGCAUCACUGUGUCUGAAGUAUUUUGUGUUUCCGGGAAUCGACCCCGGCUAUGGAUCGUCGGACCCUCGAUGGAUUGGCGCCUGGUGGACGGGAUGGCUUGUUUUGGGUAGCACACUGCUUUUGGUUGCACCAAUAUUUGCGGGAUUUCCUAAGAUCCUACCGAGAGCAGCGGAACGGAAAUCGCUCAGCAGACAGGCUAGUCGAGCCAGUGGAGAGUACGUGGAGGAAGAUGAAGAUACGCAGGCAUCGUUUGGAGACUUUAUUGCAACCGUGAAACGGCUAGCCACAAACAAAGCCUACGUGUUUAACAAUUCGGCCAGUAUUUUCUACUUUUUUGGAUACAUGCCGUACUUCCUGUUCCAAUCCAAAUACAUCGAGAUUCAGUACCGGUUGACGCCCUCACAAGCUAACAUGGUGACCGGAUCGGCUUCCUUGGUAUUUUCGGCCCUCGGAGUUCUGAUUGCGGGAGCAGUGAUCCAAAAGAUCAAACCAAGCUCCCGACAGCUGGCCGGAUGGAACAUUACCACCAGUAUUCUGUCGGCUGCCGGCAUAGUUCUGUACGCCUGGCUCGGAUGUAAUGCCCUUAACAAUUCGGCCAUCGUCAGCAAUUCACAAGGAGCAGAAUGCAGUGCAGGAUGUAACUGCGAUUACGUCAAAUACGCUCCGAUUUGUGGAAGUGACGGAAACACUUACCUUUCGCCAUGUCAUGCUGGUUGUACGGAACAGUUCAAGGAACCCGGGGGAGUUAUUAAGUACAGUAGUUGUUCUUGCAUCAACGGUAAUUCGUCUUUCGUAGACAACUUUUUGAAUUCGACCGAAGCAACAUCACCGGUUCUGGGAACUGCUAAAUCCGGAAGCUGUCAGGUGGAUUGUUGGACCCCAUUCUAUCUUUUUCUGACAGUUAUGUGCAUUAACAAAUUCAUCGGAGGAACCGAAUCGGCCGCCAAUUUCUUGAUCGGAAUACGCUGUGUUGAGGAACGUGACAAGGCCAUUUCGAUGGGAGUUUCAAUGGCCAUCAAUACGUUGUUCUCUUUCCUUCCAGCACCCAUCAUUUUCGGAAUGAUUAUCGAUAGAACUUGCGUCCUGUGGGGUAGAACCUGUUCUAAGCAAGGCAACUGUUGGCUGUACGAUGGAGCUGCUCUGAGAACCUCGAUGAACUACACCUCGGCGUUUUGUGUCAUCAUCGGAACUUGUCUGGAUAUGGGCACCUGGUGGUAUUCUAAGAAUUUCAAAAUUUUUGACGACGAGGAAAAGCCGGUCGAUGUGGAUCAGGAAAAGCAGAAAAUUGAUGAUAAUGAAGCCGAAGAGAAGCAAUUCACUAAACUUGAAUUGGAACAAACAGAAUUAGUUGAAUUGAUAAAGCAUCCCAAAGAGCAGGAAGACCGAGAAUAAAAGCUACCGUUGGGUACAAUUUUGACUGAA